AUGGCUGCGAGCGAUCUGGCGGUCGUUCUCGAGAGGCUGGAGUCCAUUGUGGGGGAGGAAUGUCGGGUCGUCACAUACAAAUGGCUGGCUCGGAACUUCUGCGUCUCGGCAGACUUCGCAAAGAGGGCGCUCUACGUCUUUUGGGAACGAUACAGGGAGAAGUCAAGCGCUGUUUACUAUAUUUCUGGCCGGAGAAAGGGAGAUGGGCAACAGGUUGUGCAGCUGGUUCCAGAGGCUGCUCUUGAAGGCCAGAUGAGGGAAUUGGAUCCCGUGUUGAGCGUGCACAUACACAGUGUGGCACCGCGGCAGGCACGCAGCUCGACUGAGGUGUGGUCUGCCGGCCAUGAGCAGGCAAGGCAGCUGUUCGCUAAGCUCCUACUUGGAGAUGAGUCGAGUCAGGUCAAGUGGCUGAGAGACAACACCUGCAGCCCCAUUCUCUGCGAUGUGGCAACAAGGGAUGGAGGGGUGGGGCCUCGCAGGGCCGGUAUGCCAGCACCUCAGCCUGCCGUGCUGCAGGAGACCGUGCUGAAAUCAUAUGACUCCAAGAGCAACGAAGUUACAGUUACCAGUGCUGAAAAAGUAAUGGAUGCAAAAGCCAAGCCACAAAAGGAGAGCAAAAAACCUCCUAUGAAAGGUAUGAAGGGCAGCGUCGUCGCUGCGAUGCAAACCAAGGCAACAGAACCACUUGCAAAGGGCACUGAAAAGCUCCACCAGACUGCUGCUAAAGAAGGCGUUGAAGAGCUGCAACAAACUGCUGCUGCAAAGGGCACUGAAAUCCUGCAUCGGACACCUGCUGAGGCUGGUCCUGGCAGCGACAUGGACGAAGACCCUGUGGUUUUCCGCAACAGAGCCACCGGCAAGAAACGUGUGUUUGAGGAUGAUGACGAAAAUGAAGAGGCAGUACCAGAAAACAGGAGGCCAAAGAAAAAGACUCCCAGUAUUUCUGAGCCAGUGGAAGUGGACAUUGAUGGAAAAGAUGGUGGCUGCACAGGUGGUGGAGUAGAGGAGACACCAGCGGGGGUAUCCGGCAUCGAGACUGCAGGCAUGGGCCCCGUACCCACAUCGUCAACUGAUCUUGGUCGUCACAAUAGUGGAGGAGCGGAGAAGAAGGAACAGAAAGCUUCUGCUGCCAAGAAGACAGCUGGAAAGCGCAAGGGCCAGAGCAUGCCAAAAACUUCAAGUGCCAAGAAGCCAAAGGCAUCAGCCACACAGAGCGACGAUGGAAACCAGGCGAUGCUGCCAGUUCUGGAACAAGCUGCUGAUGUCAAGCCAGAGAAGGAAGGCCCUUGCCCUGUACAAGGUGCCGAUUCUGGUCAGCGGCCUGCCAGUGCACCGAUGGGCACAAUUCGGCGCAGAGCUGUGAAGACAUACUACAAUGACAAAGGGGAAGAAGUUACUGAAGUUGUGCUUGAAGAUGUCUGUGCAGAAGAUUUGCCCGUUACUGGUCAAGAACCUGGGGCCAGUGGGAUAUCCCAGCAACCCAUCAGUGCUGCUGGAGAGUCUGUGGCUGCAAAGACCUCUGGGCCUGAUGCUGUGAAGAAGGAGUCUGUGCUAAAGCCAAGCGGAAAGUCAAAGGCCAAACCG